AAGUAGAGUAAUUACAGCAAAGUGUAUGAAAAUGAAUCUUAUUCCGUUUCAGUUUCACAUUCCUACUUUUCUUGCGCUGCUAUAUUUAGCUAUUGAGGCGGACAUUGACUAUGGAGCGAUGCCUUUGGCACUUUUUGGCAAACAGUAGUUAAAAUAUAGGACACGUGUUGUGCAGCUGAUUUUACUCUGAAUGAUUGUUUGUCGAUUACACAGUGAAAGCAACACGCAUAAUUCUAGUUAUCCCAGUUCUGGUCGUAUCUUAGUUCUGGUCGCUACAGGUGACUGUUAACAGAUGGAUAACAUACCAGGGAAAAUACCGGAACAGAAGAAUGAAGUACAUUGUGUAUCUCAUUUUACCGUUUAUCUACUUCACAGAUGUUCUGUGCAUAAGCUGUGGUCAGAACAUUGACGGCAAACGCAGCACCAUCCUCUGUGAGUACGGCUGUUGUGGAUCGAUCAACAACCGAACAUGCUGUGAAAAUAAAGGAGCUUUACCAGGUUCAACAAUAGCUGGUAUAACCAUUGCUGUCGUUUGUGCAGUUGUAGCCAUUAUUGUCAUAGCGUAUGUUUGUGAAAGAAAAUAUUACGGCAAGAGAGGACGCUCUGGAAAUCCCAUCAACCCCUACACUCACGGAAGAACGCCGGGGGUGAAUGACCUACCACCUCCCAGGAAUAUUGGCAUGUUCCACGUUCCUGCACACAGCACACGGAGAUGAGAGCCUGCAAUGUGGAGACAGUCUUUGAUGCCUAUCGAAGAAUGACAACACGAACUUCGUGUUUAGUGAGACAGAAGAACAUUGUUGUACUGUAAUGUCUAUUAUUUCCCUGGCAAAUGAGGAACCGAGUUCGAAUCCCGCUAUCAUGAAAUAGCAAUUAUAAGUGAGACCUCACUACUGUGAAGUAUGUACGAUAGUUGACCGUGGGUAGUGGCACCAGCAUUGUAUAUGUUAGAAUCGACGCGUUCGUCAAUAUAUAGCGAGGAACCAGAUAUAGUCUGAAACUUCGCGUGAAGAUGUUGAGGUAAUUAUCACGCAGUUAGCAGAUAGUGUGAUUCACCGUGUCUGUCAAAUAUACAUGUUUUAGACUGUCUCGAACAGUAUUCCAGUUACAUUAGGACGUGCGGGAUUGAUGUGAACAAAGCCUGCAGUGGUGCGGAUCUCAUAUGUUAACGUCUGUAAUGCUUGCACGAUGCUGACAAGCCUGGAAACAUAACCAAGGCAAACAGGACUCGAAUUUCUUCUAAGGGGCCUGACAAUGCACAGCAGAAUACGGGGCCUUAGUUGAGUUGCCCAAGUUCAGACUUCCUAUAAAUAUAUUCAGUGAACUUAUCAUAAGAGCGUACGCCAAAUCACCGAUGUCAGCCUGUGCCGUUGUACCUCAGAACUGUCACUGCGAUUAUAUAUAACAUACGUAUGUACUUUACUUUACGAAAUAGCUUUAUAUUACUGCUGAUGUCAGUUCAAUGCACACAAAUUGCCUUGUCAGCGGUUAUACGACAUGCAUGUUUAUAUGUUUCAAAUGAAUAGAGGAAACAUGUAGUCUAAGGUGCCAAGAGUUACCUCCCUUAUAUUACAGGCGUGCAAGAAGCACAUAUUAGAUUCGCGCUGAUUGAUGCUUGGAUGCAGCGUCAUUUUAGGACAGUGUUGAAUGUCUCAAUCCUGCGUCAUCCUUCUAUCUUAGAUCGGUCUUUCCACAUCGCACUGAUGUCAAGACCGAAACACAUUUUUUGAUUAUAUAUUGAAUAAACUUUAUGGAUAACAACUUCUUUAUUUCAUGAGUGCGACGUUUGGAUACAGAUUAUUGUACCGUUGUCAAGCAGGAA